AGCGGUUUAAACAAGCCCUGAAUGAGUCCGAGGGGGGCGGCUAGUCUCGGCUCCGAGGAGGCGGCAUGAAGCUGCAGGUGGCGGUGCCCUCGGUGGGGCUGCAGCUGUCCGAGGGCGACCAGAGCCCGGAGAAGGCGCGCACGGUGUUCACGGUGGAAAUCCUGUGGAACGGGAGGAAACAUUGCAUUGAGAAGCGCUACAGCGAGUUCCAUGCCCUCCAUAAAAGGAUCAAGAAGAGAUGCAGAGUCCCGGACUUCCCACCCAGGCGCGUCCCCAACUGGAUGACGAAAGUCCUGGAGCAGCGGCGGCAGGGCCUGGAAGCUUACCUCCAGGGCAUCUUGCUAUGCAAUACGGAGCUUCCCAAGGAGCUUCUGGACUUCCUGAAACUCUGGCAGUUUGAGCAGGAGCACAAGGCUGAUCUCGGCCCCGGUUACCUGCUGUCCCACCGGCCGGUCAUAAGCUUCCGAAGUGAUCCAUACAUCCUCCCGGCUUCCACAGACUCGCUUCCCGACGUGAUCCUGAGCGGAGUGCUGCAAGGCUUUUAUGCACCCCAGACGACCCUCUACCUGCAGUCAAAGCUCUUCGCGGCUCUGCCACCCGCCAACUCUGCGUCCUCUCCUUUGCAACCGGCCUAGGGAGCACUCAAGAGGAUCGAGUGCAGCUUUGUUCGUUUGCGGAAAAGCAAUCGCCGGCUUCCUCCUUGCGUCGUGCGUGGGAAAGAAAGAGGUUGGGGACAAAGGGUGCAGUUGGGGGAGAGCCACCAUCUUGAGGCAGGCAGUGGGAAGGAAAUGCAGUAGGUUGUUUUGUUAGGGUGCUGAGCUCCAGUAGAGUGCAGCUAACAAGGGCAGGGCUUGUUGCCACUUCUGGCAGAGCUGUGCCUCUCAGAUGUUUCCAGGUUACAGCUCUUGUCAGCCCAUGUGAGUGAGAAGCAGCUGCAAGUCAGGGAGGUACGCAGGCCUUCCUCCAAGCUUCAUGGGCUGGAAGCAAGAGCAGCACAACAGCAGCUGGGGGCAGGUACUGACUCAGGUCAGGUGCUAAUACAAGAUGUUCCUAGUGUUUGUGCACACAGCGGCGCCACAUUGAUAGUCUCCCAGCCUUCCGUCUAGUCCAAAGGGCAUGGAUCUGGUCCAGUUGGCACCUUAAUGCAGGUGUAGCCUACGUGGUGCCAUCCAGCUGCCAACAGUCCCCCAACUCCCAUCAGCCCCAACCGGCUGUGGUCUAACAACACCCAAAGUUUACCAGCUUGGGGAAAGCUGCAUUGAUGUGACACAGGUAGCAGAGCCCUCCUAGACAGAGGAGUCCGGGUUUUUCUACAGCAUGGCAGGAGACCAGCAGCUCCUCUAAGCUAUCCCGAUAGUUUGGGUUACUCCUGCUGCAGAAGAUAACUGCUUUCUCAGUGGGGUAGGUGGUCUACUUUAACAAAAAUGGCUAUGCAAUAAAAAACACUUCCACUAGAAA